CAGAGCAGGCAGACUAAAGCCAGCUCAUGUAGGAAUCAGUGGAAAUGAAAAGGUGGAUAGGUUGGCAAAAGGUGCAUUGAUUAAAAAUAGGACUGAGAUGGAAAUUAAAAGCAGCGGAUCUGAAGCAAAAGGUAUUGUUUGGAGGCAAGUUGUUCGGGAGUGGCAGAAGCGGUGGGAUUCAGGGAGUAAGGGCAGGCACUUGUAUCAUUUUAAGAAGGAGGUGGCAGAGUGUAGGUUGUAUAGGGGUAAUAGGAGAGAAGAGGUGGUCAUUACCAGGCUUAGACUGGGACAUUGUGCAUUAAAUAAAACAGUACAGAUGAUAGGAGAACAUGAGACGGGGCUUUGUGGAGUGUGCCAGGAGGAGGAGGAGACGGUAGAGCAUGUAAUACUGCGGUGCAAGGGUUAUGAUGUGGAGAGGAAAGUUCUGCAGAAUAGAUUGAAGGAGCGGGGAAUUGGGGAAUUUAAUCUGAAGAGUAUGUUGGAGGGUAGUAGGGCACAGGUGGGGGAACUGGUGGGGUUUCUGAAGGAUAUAGGUGUUUAUGAAAGAGUGUGGGUGUUUUGUUUUGUUUUUUUGUUUGUUUGUUUUGUUUUUAUUUGUUUUGGUUUGGUUUUGUAUUGUUUUUUGGAUACAAAUUGUAAACUCACUGUCUGACCCAUACUCCGGAACAGUAGGAGGCGGUAAUGCUCCUUUACGUUGGUUGCCAACCGCCGUUAAACACAGGAGAAGGAGAAGAGGCGGACUACAACUUUGUUAUCGAGGGCAGAGCGAAACCGGAAGGUUUACUGAGCUGUGGCUUCACGUAAACGCUGAGCAUACACUCGACGGAGGUCAGGUUUUUAUAUGGGACGAAUCCAAAGACCAGGUCAGCGAUUCCAGAACCCAGAGUGUUCCAGUGUUCACUGGAUGGCGAGUCAACCCAAGAUCCUAGGAGACGAUAUACAUACACACGCACACUCAUUUGCACAUUGAUGGAAUACAAUCCUCUACUGUACAAGUAGUGCAGUAGGACAGACAAUCACACACACUCUUACCAUUGGACGAACUCUAAUGCAAUACACCCGUUUGUCAUGGGCCCCACCGGUACCCUUUGGUCUUAAAAGGACUAAUUCUUUUACUUGUGCACAAUUUUAGUUUAUUCUAUUUUUUUUUUUUUUUUUGAUAUUUUGGGGGAAUUCUUUAUACUUGAAGUUCUGUUAAACCUGUUGUAAUACUGUGUGGUUACAAAAUUCUUUUAAAAGGCUUAACAUCACUAAAGUACUUUUAAGCCACACAACUGUGUUUGUCUGGUUUCUGUGUCAUUCAUCUACCAGAGCUCUAAGAGUCGUUCUUAAUUAUCUGGUACUAGCCCAAAUUACUCAUUACCUUGGUAAUUAUCCAUUGGUACUUUAUAUAACUCCACGUAAGUGCUACAUUACACUAACUGUUAGUAGUUCAACGAUCCAGUGAAGCUCCACCACUCUGGUUAGUAGUGGCUUCAUUAAAGCAUAAGGAACAGUAAAGAGAGACGCACAGACGAUCAGACUGAGUUCAGACCAAACUAGCAGCUUCCUCUGAGUGAGUCCAGCUACAGGAGAGAAAAGUGGAAAACUCCAACACUGCUGCUUCAAGCUGCUGACGCUCCACACACUGAAUCUUCACUCACAGACUCAAUGGCUUCCAGAUCAGAGGAGGAUCUCUGCUGUCCGGUCUGUCAGGAGGUCUUCAGAGAUCCUGUUCUUCUGUCAUGUAGCCACAGCUUCUGUGAACACUGUCUGAAGAGAUGGUGGAGAGAGAGACCAACACACGAGUGUCCAGUUUGUAAGAGAAGAUCUUCCAAGGAUCCACCUCCUAACCUGGCUUUAAAGAACUUGUGUGAGUCGUUCUUACAGGAGAGAGAUCAGAGAGCUUCAGAGGCUCUCUGCAGUCUGCACUCUGAGAAACUCAAACUCUUCUGUCUGGACCAUCAGCAGCCAGUGUGUGUCGUCUGCAGAGACUCAGAAAAACACACCAAUCACAGAUUCAGACCCAUCGAUGAAGCUGCACAACAACACAAGAAGGAACUUCAGGAAACUCUGGAGCCCUUAAAGAAGAAGUUAAAGGUUUGUGAAGAAGUUCAAGUGAAGUUUGAUCAAACAGCAGAACACAUUAAGGUCCAGGCCCGACACACAGAGAGGCAGAUUAAGGAGCAGUUUAAGAAGCUUCACCAGUUUCUAGCAGAGGAAGAGGAGGCCAGGCUGGCUGCACUGAGGGAGGAAGAGGAGCAGAAGAGUGGGAUGAUGAAGGAGAAGAUGGAGGCUCUGAGCAGAGAGAUAGCAGCUCUUUCAGACACAGUCAGAGCCACAGAGGAGGAGCUGAGAGCUGAAGACGUCUCAUUCCUGCACAACUACAAGGCUGCAGUGGAAAGAGUCCAGCGCUGCCCCCUGCUGGAUGAUCCACAGCUGCCCUCAGGAGCUCUGAUAGACCAGGCCAAACACCUGGGCAACCUGACCUUCAACAUCUGGAACAAGAUGAAGGACAUGGUCUCCUACACUCCUCUCAUUCUGGACCCAAACACUGCUCAUCCAAACCUCAUCUUGUCUGAAGAUCUGACCAGUGUGAGACGAGGAGGAGAGAGGCAGCAGCUUCCUGAUAAUCCAGAGAGGAUUCAUUUGUUCUACUCUGUCCUGGGCUCUGAGGGCUUUAACUCAGGGACUCACAGCUGGGAUGUUGAUGUUGGAGACAGUACAUGGUGGAGACUGGGUGUGUUAGCAGAGUCUGUGCAGAGGAAGGGAGACAUAGAGUCUGGAUUAUGGAGAUUAGGCUUCAGUUCAGAUAAAUAUUCAGCACAUUCACCAUCUGCUCCAGAAACUGAUCUUGUAAUACAGAAGAAGUUCCAGAGGAUCAGAGUGAAUCUGGACUGGAACAGAGGAAAGCUGUCGUUCUCUGAUCCUGAUACUAACACACACAUACACACCUUCACACACACUUUUACUGAGAAGAUGUUUCCAUAUAUUCACCCUAUGGAUGACAUGAAGAUAUCACCAGUGAAGGUGUCAGUGUCAGUGGAGCAGACCAAUUCAGGAUGAUUAUAUUCUUAAUGCUGUUUGCUCUCAGUAAACCUACUAAAAUGUAGUUAUACUGUAGUUUUAUGUAAUGAAAAAAAUCAUCAACGUUACUUUUUCAGUUAAAUUAAGAGAAAGAAGGCAAUUUCUACAAUUUUACAUUUCAGUGAAGUGCAACAGUUCAUAUAAUAUUUAACAUGCAGUUCGUAUAUACUACAUGAUAUACUCUAUGCUAUACAACAUUUAAAAGAACCAGACUCUUUGUAUCAGUCUACUAUGAGAUAAUCUGCUUUUAAAUUCCAGAAGAGCAGAUGUAACAUUUAAAUGUUGGGCCUUUAAAAGGCCCACAAGAUUCAGCAUCUGUGUCAUUCACCCUGGACUGGAGAUACUUUUAAACAUCUCCAGUUGUGUCUUUCUUUGUAAAGUACAUUAACAUACUUCACUUACCAGACAAACUCUAGUUCAAACAACACUGACAAACUGGCAUCAGCACAGACGUUUAUAAUGUGCUGUGAGUUGACUUUAGAAGCUAGAUGCAUGGAAACAAGAUGAGAAAACUGGAAACUCAGCACAGGAUGUGGAAUCAGGUCAUGCUGUAACUCACACUGUGAACACGCACUUGAACUAUCAAACUAUAUUUGACUGUAAUUAAAAAACAUAUUCUGCAUUUACUACUACAUUGCAUUACUACAUUAAUGAAUGUGUCUUUCAAAUGCCACAUAGCUAAUGGCAUAAAAACUCAAGUGCUGUGAUCUGGGUGAGACAACUUAUGUCAAACCUUCCUAGUGAUGGGUAGAUGAGGCCUUGUGAAGCGUUUCAGCACAUUUCACAAACUGUAUCGAUACUGUGUCGACACAGUGUUGCUGUUUUGCUCCAUACUGACACCUGCUGGAACUUAAAUAUCAUU